CAACGACAAACAAAAGUGACGCGAUAUUCGCGAUGUAUCUCCGACUUUGGCCUUCAACCAUCGGUACUUGUAUAAGUCGAGUCAAAGUGCAAGGUGACCGCGUCACGUCGUAAAAUAACAUAUUAUUUUUACGCCCGGUUUUAUGCGCGAACGUCGGUGGUUCGCUCCUCGUCCGGAGGAGAUAUUCGAUCUCGGUCAUUCAGAGAAGAAAGGGUGCUAUUUGCAAUUUUACUUUUUGACACUAAACACCAACCUUCGGGACGCCUCUGCCGGGAGAUAUGUGACGAUAUAAAAAUGUUGGGACGAUUUCAGAGUGGAAUUUCCACGAGCGCGAUUAUUAUUCUCGUAAACGUGCCUAAUAUGUAAGUGGUACUCAUCGUCUAAGAUCGCGACAGAAAAAUAAUAAGACACUCGCGACUUGUUUGACUAUACAUACAUACGUAUAUUCGUCACGCUCUAUAUCUAUAGCAAGGUUGGCACUAAAACCCGGAUAAGAAAUUGGCCAGGAAUUCAGCCAGUGCCAAAUCGUAAAGUAGGGACGACCUCUGUGAUCCAACGAGUUCAAGAUAAACAUUUCAUAAAAAUGGCGCAAAGGUUCCCUGUACCAAAUGCAGGGAACAAUGGUCCUCCACCACAGCGUUAUCCUCCACCAUCGGUACCACCAAAUUUAAGGCAAUACUCAGGGCCAAAUUUUCCAAUGCAGCAAAGAUCUGGAUUUACUCCACCACCACAAAUGGGUACUGGUGGUCCUGGUCCUGGUGGAAUGAUGAGGCCUAGCCAACCAUAUUCUACUAUGAGACAAGGUCCUAUGCCGACUCCUCCUGGUGGUAAAAGAAGUGCUGAUCAACGUAUACCAAUGUCCCAGCAAAAACCGUAUUUUUGGAACAGUGAUUUUUCACAUUCCACAUCCAAGAAGAAGAAGAAACUGGCGGACAAAAUUCUGCCCCAAAAGGUCCGCGAUCUCGUGCCAGAAUCGCAGGCUUACAUGGAUUUACUUGCGUUUGAAAGAAAACUAGAUGCAACGAUAAUGCGCAAGCGUCUUGAUAUUCAGGAAGCACUGAAACGUCCGAUGAAACAGAAACGGAAAUUACGUAUAUUUAUAUCCAAUACGUUCUAUCCGGCCAAGGAAGCCGGCGAGGGUGAAGAGGGUUCCGUCGCGUCCUGGGAACUAAGGGUCGAAGGACGACUUUUAGAUGACACUAAAAAUGACCCCAAUAAGGUAAAAAGGAAAUUUUCAUCAUUCUUCAAGAGUCUAGUUAUAGAAUUGGAUAAAGACUUGUAUGGGCCUGACAACCACCUAGUCGAAUGGCAUCGUACAUUAACAACACAAGAAACUGAUGGUUUUCAAGUUAAAAGACCAGGAGAUAAAAAUGUCCGAUGCACUAUACUAUUACUUUUGGAUUAUCAACCUCUGCAGUUCAAGCUAGAUCCACGAUUGGCACGUUUACUUGGCGUUCAUACGCAAACGCGACCUGUUAUAAUAUCCGCAUUAUGGCAGUACAUAAAAACGCACAAACUUCAGGAUAGCCACGAGCGUGAAUUUAUAAACUGCGACAAAUACCUGGAGCAAAUAUUUGCCUGUCCCAGAAUGAAAUUCGCAGAGAUACCACAGCGUUUAAAUCCUCUGCUUCAUCCUCCUGAUCCAAUUGUCAUCAAUCACGUUAUCAGUGUAGAAGGCACAGAAACAAAACAAACAGCGUGUUACGACAUAGACGUCGAGGUGGACGACACGUUAAAAACUCAAAUGAAUAAUUUUCUAUUGUCAACCGCAAGUCAGCAGGAAAUACAAAGUCUGGAUAAUAAGAUUCACGAGACUGUCGAGACAAUCAAUCAAUUGAAGACAAAUCGUGAAUUCUUCCUGAGCUUUGCAAAGGAUCCGCAGCAGUUUAUCAAUAAAUGGAUUAUUUCCCAGACAAGAGAUCUGAAGACCAUGACGGACGUGGUUGGGAAUCCCGAGGAGGAACGACGCGCCGAUUUUUAUUAUCAACCUUGGGCACAGGAGGCGGUUUGUCGCUAUUUCUACACAAAGGUUCAACAAAAACGGGCAGAACUCGAACAGGCACUUGGUAUUCGAAAUUCAUAA